AUGCAAUCACUAGUUUUAUCGGCUAGAAUUCCUUCGUCUCCCUUAUUGCACAAAAAGAAGUCUUCUGAUUUUCAGAGUCUCAACUCCAAUUUGACCAGAGUUCAGUCUCCCUCUGGCAACAAAGGCAAUCAAGCAUUUGGUAGGUGUCAGACUGUCAAAACAUUGAACAGUGAAAGGGACCCAGUGGAACUAACCAUCACAUUAAUCUUGGAUGGCCAUAAGUAAUGCAAUCGAAUUUAACUAGAUCGAUUGUGCCCAUAAGCAUUUACUUGAAUACUACAGAUUUAUAUAAGAAAUUAAUAGCAAAGGUACUACAAGUGAAUCCAGCCAUUGUAAAUAAAAUAAAACACUUUCAAACGCAUUCCAGUGUCAAGAAUUAUAACAUUGAUUACUACUUAUCGCUUGAACUGUAGCCGUUAGAAGUAUUUGAAGAAUAGAGACAUUUGAAAUUAGAACCCUAUUACUCAAACCCAGUUGGACAACAAAUGAGCAUCGAAGAUUACGACAUCCUGAAAUGCAUAGGCGUAGGGUAUGACUUAAUAAUUUAUGGCAAUAGUGGAUUCUCAAGAGUCUAUUUGGUAAGGAAACGAGACAAUGGCUUGUUUUAUGCCAUGAAACUCAUCGACAAGAACUUCAUUAUCAAGUCUAACAAGGAAAUGAUCAUUUGCAAUGAAAAAUACGUGAUGGAACAAUUAAAUUCUCCGUAUUUGGCCAAACUAUUCUACUCUUUUGAAACUAAAUUCUAUCUCGUCUUUGUGAUGGAGUAACUAAUCCUAUUAAACUUAGAUAUUGUGCAGGUGGUGAACUCUUCUAUCACCUGAGAAAAUGGAAAAGAUUAUCAGAACCCUUGGCAAAACAAUAUUUUGUUUAGGUUUGUUUAGCCAUCAACGAGUUGCAUAGAUUCGAGAUUGUAUAUAGAGAUAUCAAACCUGAAAACAUAUUAUUAGAUUUAGAUGGAUAUAUAAGACUAUCAGAUUUUGGUUUGUCCAAACCCAAUAUGAACAGAGAUGAGACAGCCUAUUCAUUUUGUGGAUCACCUGAGUAUAUGUCACCUGAGAUGCUGAAGAGGGAAGGACAUAAUUAUAUGGUGGAUAUCUAUUGUUUAGGUGCAUUGCUUUAUGAAUUUAUAUUUGGAUCGCCUCCUUUCUAUUGUAGAAACAUAGACUAAAUUUAUAAUAGUAUUUUGAAUGAUAAACUCUAAUUUCCUCCAUUUAAAGACAUCAAUCCAGAUCUGAAGGAUUUGAUUUCUAAAUUACUGAUAAAGGAUCCAACAAAACGUUUGGGAGCAUAACACGGAAUCAAAUCCAUAUUAUAACACAAAUGGUUUCAAGAUUGUGAUAUUGAAGGUCUAGUUAAGAGAAAAUGUGAGAUCAGUUAUCGUCCUAUGCCGUUAAAGUAUAAUUUUGAUGAAUUGGAAUUCAGCAAAGGAGAUUAUGAAUUUUAGAAGAAACUCUAUGAAAAUUUAAGAAUAGAAAGAACAGUAUGAAUUAUACUAUGAUUGUUAGAGUAAAUUCGUUCGCUCAUUUCCACAUUUUGAAUAUGUGAAUAAAAGAAUGGUGGAUCACAGACAGAAUAUUCUAGAUCAGUUAACAAAGCCAAGAUAGAUUCAAGGAUAAUAAGGAUUGCCUAAACAAUAAUAAAAGACUCAGAUUUGUUUAUCACCUGUGUCAUAGGUGAAAGAACAUUCGAAUAUUUAAUCGUUGAUUUCAGGAUCCUUUAAGUAAUCUUCUUAAUUUAAACGUUUCAAUACAGAUAUAGAUCUUAAAUAAUUGAUGAAAAAGGUUUGA